AUGCAGUUUCCAUUGGAGUCAACUCGGUGGCGUGAUAGUUCAACUGGCCUUCAUGUUGAAUAUGAUCAACGCCCAGAUGUAUUUAGGGGCACAGUUCGUUAUGCCAGUGUGCAUGCACAUCUUGGUAGAACAGGUAGCAGGAGAGAUGACUUAGAAUCUCUUGCUUACACACUUGUCUUCCUUCUUCGUGGUCGGUUACCUUGGCAAGGAUAUCAGGGAGAAAAUAAAGGAUUUCUUGUCUGCAAGAAAAAGAUGGCAACUUCUCCCGAAGCUUUGUGUUGUUUUUGUCCUGCCCCUUUCCGGCAGUUUGUUGAAUAUGUAGUGAAUUUGAAGUAUGAUGAAGAACCAAAUUAUGCUAAAUAUAUAUCCCUUUUUGAUGGAAUUGUGGGUCCAAAUCCCGCCAUUAGGCCACUAAAUACCGAGGGUGCUCAGAAGCUCAUAUGUCAGGUUGGGCAAAAGAGAGGACGAUUGAUCAUGGAAGAGGAUGACGAUGAACAACCAAAGAAGAAGGUCCGAAUGGGACUGCCAGCAACACAGUGGAUUAGUGUUUAUAAUGCUCGUAGACCAAUGAAACAAAGGUAUCAUUACAAUGUGUCUGAUGAGCGGCUUUCCCAACACAUUGUAAAAGGAAAUGAAGAUGGUUUAUUUAUUAGCAGUGUGGCUUCUUGUGCGAAUCUUUGGGCGCUCAUUAUGGAUGCAGGCACUGGUUUCACAGCACAAGUUUAUGAACUCUCUUCCAGUUUUCUUCACAAGGAAUGGAUUAUGGAACAGUGGGAUAAGAAUUAUUACAUCAGUGCCAUAGCUGGAGCUAGUAAUGGGUCCUCAUUGGUUGUAAUGUCAAAAGGGACCCAAUACACUCAACAAUCCUAUAAAGUCAGUGACUCAUUUCCAUUUAAGUGGAUCAACAAAAAAUGGAGAGAAGGAUUUUAUGUCACUGCUAUGGCCACUGCUGGCAGUAGAUGGGCAAUUGUAAUGUCCCGUGGUGCUGGAUUUUCAGACCAGGUUGUGGAACUUGAUUUCCUGUACCCUAGUGAAGGUAUUCAUCGAAGGUGGGAAAACAAUUAUCGCAUUACUGCAACUGCCGCGACGCCUGAUCAAGCUGCUUUUAUUUUAAGUGUCCCGAGAAGAAAACCACCUGAUGAAACUCAAGAAACGCUCCGCACAUCUGAUUUUCCUAGUACUCAUGUUAAGGAAAAAUGGGCAAAGAACCUCUAUAUUGCAUCUAUUUCUUAUGGGAGAACAGUUUCAUAAAUGGCUGAUAUUUUUUGACACUCCAGCUGACAUCAUUUUGACCUAUUGCAAGAUCCUGUUUGCGCACACAUCGUUGAGUUGGGAACUAAAGAUCCUCCAUGACAAAUUUCCUGAAGAAUGCAGUUCAGCGCUGAUGUAUGCAAUAUGCUACACCUUUCUUUAUGGUUGCCAUCACAUUAUAUGAUACAAAAUUUAUGCACCGAAUUUCAAUGCUGUCAAAAAUGAGUUGUGAGCAAAAUUAGAUCUUGUGUCAAUUUGGACAACUCUUUUAAUAUGAAGUUUGUACAGUUCUAAACAGUAAUUAUUAUGUUGAAGGCAGUGGGCACUAGUUAUGUUUUUGUUUGAUGGUAUUUUGCAAAUAUGCAACUGUAGUUUUCCAGUUGGAACUGGGCACUAUAAGCAGGGCAACCUUGUGCUUGUCCCUUUUUAUCCCUACCUCUUUUGACUUAAAGCUACUACUGGGCUUCUCAUUGUCUGAAUUUGACCUUAAUGACCAAGUUCCUCACUCUGCCAGCAAUUUGUAAUAGCUUAAUCACUGUGAUCACAGGUUAUUAUUGUUGUUCUAGUCUUUUUUAGGUGGUAAUCAUAUAUUAUUUUUAGCUUAAUUAUAUGUGGAUUGGUUUCUUUGGUUCUUCUCAAAUCUCAAGAGACACAAAUAGGGUAGGUCUGAUUGAUUUUUGAAGGAUAAGAUUUCUUAGGUUCCAUUUCCCCCCAGCAUUUUGUUUUUUUUUUGUAUCUUGUGUUUUAAAAACUUUUCAUUUUGAACUCAUGGUUUGCAAAUUAUUUAAUAGGUUACUGUGAAUGUUUCAAUUCA